ACCGGCCAGAUUCAAGGCACAUUAAGCUCGGCGGACACCCGCGCGCGCCUGAGCAUCUUCUUCUUCUUCGGCGGCAAGCGGGGAGGAAAAGCAAAAUAAAAAUAAAAAUAAAGGUGGUGGAAGGGGGCAGAAGCUGAGCCAGACAAAGCAAAGAUGGCAGGGAUCCUGGCUUGGUUCUGGAACGAGAGGUUUUGGUUGCCCCACAAUGUCACUUGGGCGGAUCUGAAGAACACCGAAGAAGCCACCUACCCUCAGGUGGAGGACCUCUACUUAGCCUUUCCCCUGGCCUUCUGCAUCUUCAUGAUCCGCAUUCUUUUCGAAAGGUUUAUAGCUAAGCCAUGUGCUUUAGGCUUAAAAGUCCAAGCAAAUGGACCACAGAAGGCUCAGCCUAAUGCUAUUCUUGAAAAAGUCUUCACUGCCAUCACAAAGCAUCCAGAUGAAAAAAGGCUGGAAGGGCUAUCCAAGCAGCUAGACUGGGAUGUGCGCAGUAUUCAGCGCUGGUUUCGACAGAGACGCAACCAGGAAAAACCAAGCAUUCUUAGGAAGUUCUGCGAGAGCCUGUGGAGAUUUACAUUUUAUCUUUACAUAUUCACCUAUGGAUCCCGCGUCUUAAAAAAGAGUCCCUGGCUGUGGAACACAAAGCAGUGCUGGAUUGGUUACCCAUACCAGCCAUUGAUGCCUGAGAUUCAUUACUACUAUAUACUUGAACUGGCAUUCUAUUGGUCUCUAAUGUUUUCUCAGUUCAUUGACAUCAAAAGAAAGGAUUUUAGCAUCAUGUUCACACAUCAUAUUGUGGCAGUCUUAUUACUAAUUAUUUCUUACGUAGUCAACUUCACACGACUUGGAACCCUGGCUUGUUGUCUUCAUGAUGUUGUUGAUUUCGUGCUGGAGGCAGCCAAAAUGGCAAAUUACUGCAAGUUUCAAAAACUCUGUGAUUUCCUCUUCCUUUCGUUUGCUAUUAUUUUCAUUAUUACAAGGCUUGGCAUAUAUCCUUUAUGGAUACUGAAUACCGUAUUCUUCGAACUGCCUGAAAUUGUUGGUGGUUUUCCCGGUUUAUCAAUUUUUAUCAUUUUACUUUCGAUACUUCAAAUUCUCCACUGCUUUUGGUCCUAUUUAAUAAUAAAGGCAGCCUAUAAAGCUAUUUUGAAAGGCAAGACAAAAGAUGACCGAAGUGAUGUUGAGUCCAGUUCAGAUGAGGAAACCUCCACUCUUCAGUCAAGGACCUCCCACAGCUCAGCUACCAUCAAUGGGACAAAUGGAACAAACGGGUAUCUCACUGGUAGCAACUCUGCAGAGGAAUAUUAAUCCUUGGAGUAUACACUGCUACGUGAACUGUUUGCUACAGAAAACAAAUAAGUU